AUGCCUCCAAUGGAUGAUGACGACGAUGAUUUAGACCCAGACAGAGACCUGAUUGGUGACAUUGACGAUGCAGAUGAGAUGGCCGAAGAUGAAGAUGGAAUUGACCUGUUCCGCGAUGACUUUGAAAAGGACUACAAGCGGCGUGAAAACGAUGAAUAUGAGGGACUUGACAUUGACGAUGAAGGGGAAUUCGAUGAACUCAAUCUGGCGGAUCGAAGACAACUAGAAGCACGUCUAAAUCGACGUGAUCGAGAGCUUGCCAGACAGCGAAAAAUGGCACCUGCUUUCCUCCAAGAUGAUGAAGAUGAAAUGCAGGAUCUUUCAAGACAACAGAGACGUCGCCGCCGCCAAUAUGACGAAGACGACAUGGACGCAGACGAGAACAUUAUGGACGAGGAAUUGUCAUUGGAGACUCUACAGGAUGUCAAAGCCUCAUCUCUUCAAGAUUGGGUAGCCCUGCCGGCAGUCUACCGAUCAAUCUUCAGGGAAUUCAAAUCCUUCUUAACUGAGUACACCGACGUCAAGGGCACAUCAGUCUAUGGCACCCGCAUCCGAACCCUUGGUGAGGUCAAUGCCGAGUCUCUUGAAGUAUCAUACGACCACCUUUCAGCGUCAAAAGCUAUUCUGGCCUACUUUCUAGCCAAUGCCCCGGCAGAAGUGCUAAAGAUUUUCGACCAAGUUGCAAUGGAUGUCACUCUGCUACAUUAUCCAGACUAUGAGCGCAUUCAUUCUGAGAUCCACGUCCGUAUAUCAGACCUACCAGUGCAUUACACUCUGCGACAACUCCGACAAACACACUUAAACUGCCUGGUACGAGUGACCGGUGUAGUGACCCGACGAACAGGUGUCUUUCCCCAACUCAAGUACGUACGCUUCGACUGCACGAAAUGUGGCGUGACACUUGGUCCGUUUCAACAGGAGUCAAACGUCGAAGUGAAAAUAUCCUACUGCCAGAAUUGCCAAUCCCGUGGCCCCUUCACCCUGAAUAGUGAACGAACCAUUUACCGCAACUACCAAAAACUCACCCUUCAAGAAUCUCCCGGAACGGUCCCUGCAGGUCGUCUUCCCCGCCAUCGCGAAGUCAUCCUCCUCUGGGACCUAAUUGACUCCGCAAAGCCCGGUGAAGAGAUCGAGGUAACUGGAAUCUACCGCAACUCCUACUCCGCCCAACUGAACAACAAAAAUGGCUUUCCCGUCUUCGCAACCAUUUUAGAAGCCAACCAUGUCAUCCAAUCCCACGACCAACUCGCCGGCUUCCGCCUCACCGAAGAAGACGAGCGCGAAAUUCGCUCCCUAAGCCGCGAUCCCAAAAUCGUCGACCGCAUCAUCUCGUCCAUCGCCCCCUCCAUUUACGGUCACACAGACAUCAAAACGGCCGUCGCCCUCUCCCUCUUCGGCGGCGUCUCCAAAGAAGCACAAGGCAAGCAUAAAAUCCGCGGCGACAUCAACAUCCUCCUCCUCGGCGACCCCGGGACCGCCAAAUCCCAAGUCCUGAAAUACGUCGAAAAGACCGCCCACCGUGCCGUCUUCGCCACAGGCCAAGGCGCCUCCGCCGUCGGUUUAACAGCCUCUGUCCGCCGCGACCCUUUGACAGCAGAAUGGACGCUCGAAGGCGGCGCCCUCGUCCUCGCGGACCAAGGCACCUGCCUAAUUGACGAGUUCGACAAAAUGAACGACCAAGACCGCACCUCCAUCCACGAAGCUAUGGAGCAGCAAACCAUCUCCAUCUCCAAAGCCGGCAUCGUAACGACCCUGCAGGCGCGCUGCGGUAUCAUCGCCGCCGCCAACCCGAUCGGCGGGCGGUACAACUCCACCAUCCCCUUCGCGCAGAACGUUGAACUCACGGAACCUAUCCUCUCGCGUUUCGAUAUCCUUUGCGUUGUCAGGGAUACGGUGGAUCCCGCAGAAGAUGAACGGCUGGCGAGUUUUGUGGUGGAGAGUCAUGGGAGGGCGCAUCCGAGUGUUGGUAGUGCUGCGGAUGUUAAUGCGAGGGCGAUGGAGGUGGAGCAUGAGGAUGCGGUGAGGAGACAAGAUAUGAAUGGAGGCGAGCCUGCUGGGAGGAAUGGGGGGCGGGGGUGGGGGCCGAAGUUGUAUCAGAUCGAUCAGGAUAAGGUGGCGAGGUUGUUUGCGGAUAUGAGGAGGGAGAGUUUGGCUACGGGUGCUUAUCCUAUUACUGUGAGUUUCUCUGCUUGCUCUCUCUCUGCCGUCGAGGUUGAUGGUGGGAGGGUGGAUGGUUUGCUGAUGACUUGA